UCAGUGCCCAAGGGGUGGCGACGUGUUAAACAUGGCUGAAAGGGGUCUGUAGUGUAAACUUGAAAGCCUAAUUUUACACAGAAAAUUAAGCAUUUGCCUUCGUUAAAUACGCUCGAAAAACAAAGUGGAACAAGCUGUGUAGUGACACGAAGAAACCCGUUGCCAGUAAAAACGUCCUGAGAGCCGAGAGAGUUAAGGAAACUACGAGAAGCAUUUAUGACAGGAUCUGGCAUGUGCCUGGUGAAAAAGCCGUAAAGGGUGGUGAGUCUGGUAGAGAUGGGAGCUAACACCAGCCAGGUCAGUGACCUGUCUGAAAAUCCAAGCCUCAAGGCCCUGGUGGGCACAGAGUCCAUAUCAGAGAAUGACCCCUUCUGGAAUCAGCUCAUCUCCUUCACCUUUGUCAGUCCCACCAGCAGUGGAGACUCAAAGUUGCUGGAAGAAGCUGUCGUCCCCCUGGCCAAAACCCUGAUUGAAAACAAUCCCAGAACAGGGAACUUUGGCUCUCUCGUGAGAGUUUUUCUGGGAAGAACCAAAGAACUGAAGAUCUCUACAGAAUGUGAAGAUCAGCUGUUCAUCUGGCAGGCGCACAAUGCGCUGUUUAUGAUUCGUUGCAUGCUGAAGGUGUUCAUCAGGGAAAUGAGUGAGGAAGAACUGCACCUGCAAUUCUCCUACCAGGAGAGGGCACCAGGCUCCUUUGGAGGUAGUGAAGACCUUCUCGAGGAGCUGUUGUCCAACCUUGUUCACUUGAUUGUUGAAGUUCCCCUGCUAGAUAUCACCUAUAGCAUCCUGUUUGAAGCAGUGACCACGCUGCUGGUUUUCUUCUCCUAUCAGCUCUUCCACAAAGACAUCCUUCGAGAUGGAAUAAUCUAUCAGCACAUAAUGAAAGGCAGAUGCUUGUCUUUAACCAGCCGUCUGGUGAAAACCCUACUCUAUAACUUCAUCAGGCAGGAGAAGUGUCCACCACCAGCAACCCACAUCUUUGAGCCCAAAGCUGAAGGUGGCCUCCUCUACGGCCUGGCAUCAGGGGUGGCAAGUGGGCUCUGGAGUGUCUUCACAUUGGGUGGAGCUGGCAGCAAAGCAGGGAUUGACCAGGAACCCAACCCCUUACCUUUGUCUAAUCAGAGUCUUUUGUUACUGCUGGUCCUUGCCAAUCUGACAGAUGGACCUGACUGGCCCAACCCCUACCGUCAGGCCAUUACGUGUUUCAGAAACACACAGGACACAUCAUCGCUGCCCGUGGAGCCUCCUCAUACUUUCCAGAUCAAUUUCAACAGUCUGUACACUGCACUGUGUGAGCAGCAGCGCUCUGAUCAGGCCACAUUACUGCUGUACACUCUGCUUCACCAGAACACCAACAUGAGGACGUAUAUGCUCUCCAGAACCGAUAUGGACAAUCUGGUUCUGCCUAUCCUCGAGAUCCUUUACCACGUCGAGGAAAGAAAUUCUCAUCAUGUGUACAUGGCCCUCAUAAUUCUUCUCAUUCUUACAGAGGAUGAUGCCUUUAAUCGAUCCAUCCAUGAGGUGGUCUUGAAGAACGUCCCAUGGUACACGGAGAGAACGCUGACAGAGAUCUCCCUUGGUAGUUUGCUCAUCCUGGUGGUUAUUCGCACUAUCCAGUUUAACAUGACAAGAACGAGGGACAAAUACCUCCACACCAACUGUCUGGCUGCACUUGCCAACAUGUCAGCCCAGUUUCGAUGUCUGCACCAGUACGCAGCCCAGCGCAUCAUCAGUUUAUUUGCUUUACUGUCCAAAAAGCACAACAAGGUUUUGGAGCAGGCCACUCAGAGUCUCCGUGGCAGACAGGAAGACAACACAGCCUUGCCUGACUAUGCCCAGGACCUGAAUGUGAUUGAGGAGGUGAUCCGCAUGAUGCUGGAAAUCAUCAACUCUUGCCUGUGCAACUCGCUUCACCACAACCCAAACCUGGUAUAUGCGCUGCUCUACAAGAGGGAGCUCUUUGAGCAGUUCAGGUUGCACCCAUCCUUCCAGGACAUCAUGCAGAACCUGGACACGGUGAUUGGCUUCUUCAGUCAGCGUCUGGAGCUGGCUGGAACUGACCUGUCAGUUGAGAGGGUUCAGGAGGUCAUUAUGAAAGGAGCCCAGGCCCUGCCCAAAGACAGACUGAGGAAGUUUCCUGAGCUCAAGUUUAAGUACGUGGAGGAAGACCAGCCGGAGGAUUUCUUCAUCCCCUACGUCUGGUCCCUGGUCUUUAACUCUGGUGUCGGCCUUCACUGGAGCCCACAUGGCAUCGAGCUGUUCAGCAUGGACUCCGGCUAAAACACCUGCUGCAGCAGACUGUGUAGCUCCAUCCAGUGUGUGUGUGUGUGUGUGUGUGUGCGUGCUUGCUUGUGUGUGUGUGUCUGUCUGGGUGGGUGUGCACAUAUUCCUUUAUAAGUAUGUGCACAGUGCUUUGAAAGUGCCUCGACCUUGCACAGAAAGAUUUUUCUUCUUAUGCAGCGCCACCCCCCCAUGUUUUACUAAUUCCUCUGCUCCUGCGCAGUGAGGCCUCACGUGUACUGGUUAACAUUUCACACAAAAGCGCCCACUCAUCUACAGUCAAUCCUGUAGUAAAAUAUCUAUUUAACAUUUGCUUAGUAGCUUCCCACUGGUUCUACAGCACACACUGAUUCGCGUCUCUUUUGCAAAAACCUUCAGUUGUUGUGAGGAGCGCAGGACCUUGGCGAUGGAUAAUCCCACAUUUUUAUUCGUCCUCACAAAGAAAAGGUCAAUUAAAACGUGGCCAUCUUAAGCCUCUUUCACACGGAAAUGUGUAGUUACACCUAGGAUUUUUAAACCCAGGUGGAAAAAAAGCCAAUUAUUAAAGUUUGGUGUGUUGUUGUCGUGUGUGAAUUACCACAUCACGGACAUGCUGGAAACAAAAUGAGUCUGAAGAAAGGAAAAACACGUACAACUCCAUUGCUCUCAGUGCUGAUGUUACAGUGGUUACUGUUUUGCAUCUUUAAAUGGAUUGUUUAAAUUAUAUGGAGUGCUGUCCAAAGUGAGGAUUUCUACAAACAUUAAUGAUAAUGGCAAAAAAAGAUGAAUGCCCAAUGUAGUUUUGCCAGGAAUACAGCAGAGGAAUACGCAGUUCCCUGGGUCUUAAGUUCCAACUGUGAAAACAAAAAUGUGGAUUGCAUUGACAUGGGGGGUAAAUGCUAAUUUAAAAACAUUCCCACUGGUGAAAAACCUGUUUAAACCCAAGAUGAAAUGUUUAUUUUUUCACCAGUGGGAAUGGGGUAGUUACAUUGCUCUGGUUGGUUUAUUUCCCACUGCAUUGAAUGCUUAUUAACAGUACCAACUUAAUAUUCAAGACUGGCCAGUGUGUCAGGGAAGAUAAUACAGAUAAUUUAUAUAGAAUACAAGACUUUUAUGUACAAUUGUGUUUUAUUUUCACCGUGCACGCUUAUCUGACUCCAGUGGGUUUGUAUAAAGGAUUUGUUUUAUGUAAGAAUGAGGUGAAAACAGGUCAGUUUGUCUGUUGUGUUGUCGUCAUUUGCAGGGCUUCCACAUUGUAGAGUCCACCACAGUUGAUUGGUGGCCAACAUUGCUUUACAGUUUAAUUAAUAGUUCAUUUCAAUCCCUGGAUAAUAUUCGCAGUCCACAUCACUCUGAUUUGUGUGGUUUCAUUUUAGCUACGGGCUCUUUUAUCUGACUUUACUAUGUCGUCGUCCUUUCCCAUUUAUUUCCUUAUAGUUACCGGAGGCAAAUGUUUAAACUGGGACAAGUCGUUAAGCUCCGUUGUGCAUAAUUACAGUUAUUUCUUUAACUUGUCACUUUGUUUGCAUGUUUAACAUGUUUAAACUUUGUGUUAAAUUAUUUAUUUCCAUGUAUAUUUUGUCCUUUUUUUUUUUUUUACUCUUCAGCCCCCCCAAAUGUAAACUAGUAGUGAUGAAACGUCUACUACUAAUGAAAAAACAAAAAAACAAUGGUACUUUACUUUGGUUAUUCCCAGGUGGGAAACUGGCUUUAUAUUAUUACAUAAUAAUAUGACAACAGUUGUCAUUUUUGGCAACUAUUACUUUGAACAUAGAAGUUUAAAUAAAAAUAUGAUUCAAAGGAACAA